AUGGCGGCGCGGGACAGUGAUAGCGACGAGGAUCUGGUCAGCUAUGGGACCGGGCUGGAGCCUCUGGAAGAAGGUGCGGGCCGCAUGGGCCGGCGGAGCCUGUGGAAAACAGGCCAAGGGCCCAGGAUUCGGGCCACAAAAGCACAAGUCGGUGCUGGACCGUUGUUAGAUCGUUCCCAGCGCUGGGAACACGGCGGCGAGGGAGGUGUUCGCCGCGCUCUCUGGGUGCUCACCUUCUGCAGCGGCAGAGAGUCAGGAUGGACACCCUCUACCUUUGUGUCUUCACGACAGAACAGAGCAGACAAAUCUGUUCUUGGUCCUGAAGAUUUUAUGGAUGAAGAGGUGGGUGUGCAAAACUUUAAUUGCCAAUUCACUGGUGGGAAAGGUCUAGUUCGUUGCUGUAAGUGCCUUCUGUCUCCCCAUUCAUUUUCAAUGCCUUGCUAUCCUAGAUUAUCUGUUGGUUUCGAAUUGCUAAGAAAAAUGGGUUGGAAAGAAGGACAAGGAGUUGGUCCUCGAGUAAAGAGACGGCCACGCCGACAGAAACCUGAUCCGGGAGUCAAAAUCUAUGGCUGUGCAUUACCCCCUGGAAGCUCGGAAGGAUCUGAGGGUGAAGAUGAUGACUACUUGCCUGAUAAUGUGACCUUUGCACCCAAAGAUGUCACACCUGUGGAUUUCACACCUAAAGAUAAUGUGCAUGGUCUGGCCUACAAGGGCCUGGAUCCUCACCAGGCACUGUUUGGAACUUCGGGAGAACAUUUUAAUCUUUUCGGUGGUGGCUCUGAGAGAGCUGGCGAUCUUGGAGAAAUUGGACUGAAUAAAGGAAGAAAAUUGGGAAUUUCAGGCCAGGCUUUUGGUGUGGGUGCCCUGGAAGAGGAAGAUGAUGAUAUCUAUGCCACAGAAACUCUAUCCAAGUAUGACACUGUUCUGAAGGACGAGGAGCCUGGAGACGGACUCUAUGGCUGGACAGCACCCAGGCAGUAUAAAAACCAGAAAGAAUCAGAGAAAGACCUUCGAUACAUUGGCAAAAUUUUGGAUGGAUUUUCCUUGGCUUCUAAACCUUUGUCUUCUAAGAAAAUCUAUCCACCUCCAGAGUUGCCAAGAGACUAUCGACCAGUGCAUUAUUUCAGACCCAUGGUGGCCACCACCUCCGAGAACUCACACUUACUGCAGGUGUUAUCAGAGUCAGCUGGAAAGGCAACACCUGACCCAGGGACACACAGUAAGCACCAACUGAAUGCCUCCAAACGGGCAGAGUUGCUUGGAGAGACGCCUAUUCAAGGUUCAGCUACUUCAGUGUUAGAAUUUCUGUCCCAAAAAGAUAAAGAGAGAAUCAAAGAAAUGAAGCAGGCAACUGACCUGAAAGCAGCUCAGCUCAAGGCCAGGAGUCUGGCCCAGAACGCCCAGAGCAGCAGAGCCCAGCCCUCCCCUGCAGCAGCUGCUGGGCACUGCUCUUGGCACGUGGCAUUAGGUGGUGGGACGGCCACCCUGAAAGCCAGCAACUUCAAGCCUUUCGCCAAAGAUCCGGAAAAGCAAAAGCGAUACGAAGAGUUCUUAGUACACAUGAAACAGGGUCAGAAAGAUGCUCUGGAACGCUGUCUGGACCCCAGCAUGACAGAGUGGGAGCGAGGCCGGGAGCGGGAUGAGUUUGCCCGGGCGGCCCUGCUGUACGCGUCUUCCCAUUCGACCUUGUCCUCCAGGUUCACUCACGCCAAGGAGGAGGAUGACUCAGAUCAGGUUGAAGUCCCUCGAGACCAAGAGAAUGAUGUUGGGGACAAGCAGUCGGCCGUGAAGAUGAAGAUGUUUGGGAAGCUCACCCGAGACACGUUUGAGUGGCACCCUGACAAGCUGCUAUGUAAGAGAUUUAAUGUUCCCGACCCUUAUCCAGAUUCAACUUUAGUUGGCUUACCAAGAGUGAAGCGUGACAAGUACUCAGUCUUCAACUUUCUGACGCUUCCAGAGACAGCUUCCUUGCCCACCACUCAAGCACCAAGGGAAAAAGUAUCACAGCACCGAGGUCCCGACAAAUCAAGAAAACCAUCCAGAUGGGAUACCUCUAAACAGGAAAAGAAAGAAGAUUCCAUUAGUGAAUUUUUAAGCUUGGCUAGAUCAAAAGCCGGGCCACCUAAACAAGAGUCCAGCCCCUUAGUAAACAAAGAGGAAGAGCGUGCACCAGAAUCAUCCACAAAUCAGACAGUCAACAAAGGUGUGGACGCACAGGCUGAAGAAGGGAGCCGCCCAUCCAUGGACUUAUUCAGGGCCAUCUUUGCCAGCUCCUCAGAUGAAAAGUCCUCAUCCUCCGAGGAUGAACAAGAUGACAGCGAGGACGAUCAGGCAGGCUCUGGGGAGGCCAACUUCCAAAGCUCCCAAGACACUGACUUGGGGGAAACAUCAUCCGUGGCUCAUGCUCUCGUGCCAGCACCCCGGGAGCCGCCACCUUCCAUCCCGAUACAAAAGAUGCAGAUAGAUGAAAGAGAAGAGUUCGGCCCACGGCUGCCUCCCGUCUUCUGCCCCAAUGCUCGUCAGACACUUGAGGUUCCUCAAAAAGAGAAACAUAAAAAGAACAAAGACAAGCACAAGGCCAAGAAAGAGCACAGGCGGAAGAAAGAGAAGAAGAAGAAACACAGGAAGCACAAACACAAAGGCAAGCAAAAGAAUAAAAAACCAGAAAAAAGUAGUAGCUCCGAGAGUUCCGACAGCAGUGACAGCCAGAGUGAUGAGGAAAUGGCAGACGUGUCGCCCCAGGAGCUGCUGAGACGGCUGAAAAGCCUUCCGCUAAGAAGGCAGUAAUUGAAUGCUGCACUGGCUCAUCCUAGAAUCAUUUCUCCUCCAUGAUGGAAGCCCAGUGAUUGUUCAGUUAACGCAUUGUACAGAGUGUAUUUAUAUGUAAAUUCCUGCUGUAAAAUAAUCUUUAAAACCUUGACGUUUCAAAGACUGCCUUGAAAGGUUGUAGAAAUUGAUUUCUAUUUUUAAUUUCAGUUAGUGUCAGGGGAAAAAAAAUCCAGACUGAACAGUUUAAUUAAAGUGGAAUUUUUCUA